CUGAUAUUACUUUAGAGUUUGAGUCCAUGUAUGCACAAAGUAAAACUUUAAAUAUUUCCCCUGCUUCUGUAAAAACUGUAACAAUAAUCUGCUUAAUCUAGUUGUUAGUUUUCCCCAACUUAAACUCAAACUAAAGCUGUGUCUGGAACUACAGGAUCAUUCACUACCUCCAUCUAAGGGGUUUCUUUGUGGAGGACUUCAAUGAGAAAAUUGGAAAAAUAAAAAAUCCACUUAAACACUCCUAGUCAAGUUUAAUGUAGCUUCUAGAUUUUAGUUUAAAAAAAAAAGAAAAAAGAAAAAAAAACAUUAAAUCACUUUUCUGUGUUUGUUUUAAACUCCAGUUAAAAUUAUUUUGAUAAAAGACAGAACAGAAGCAACAUUGGGUCCAUUUAUCCAUUUCCUUUAUACCACAUCAUAUAAUGAUCUGUAUUGCUUGGUAUUGGACCAUAGGUUGUACACUACUUCUCACUAUACUAUGCAUUGUGGGAUGGAACUAAUCCAAAAAGAAGAGUAUCAUGUUCUCUCAGAAUUUGUACCAAAAUGGCAAAUUCUGCUUUUUUGUCUAUUUGUCAUUUCCUUUGGUAUACUGAUUAGUUUGGUACAUGUUGUUUGGUAAGUGGCCAUAAGUUUUACACAACUUUUCACAGAGCAUUGCAGGAUGGAAUUAACCUAUCAUAAAGUGUGUCAUAAAUCUCACUCUGAAUUUGUACACUACUACAAAGUGGCAAAUUUCCUCUUUAGUCCCAUAUAGUGGAUUGUGAAAAGUCAUAAGAGCAAACAUGUUUCUGUCUGUAUGAAAUACCACUCUUUUUUGUUGUAUUUACCUUUGAAUUGCUGCCAUUUUUUAACAAAGGGAAAGUCUCUUUCAACAUACAGAAAAAAAAAGGAGAUGUUGAACUCAACAUCCCCUUAAGGAGACAUUUCUUAUUCGCACCCCACCCUUCAUCAAACCCCAUCUAUCAAACCUGCCCAGACCUAUAAUUGCUUUGUUUUAACACCAGUAAAAAGCUUUGUCAUUAAAACUCUCAUAAAUCUUUUCCCCAAGGAUGUCACCACAAAAACGGAUUUGAAUUUAAUUUUCAAUGUUUUUUUCUUCUUCAUCAUCAUUUUAAACAGACAAGAAAGGUGUUUUCUGUAUAAAAAUGGCUGUUGAUGGUCCUGUUGAGCUGGAAAGUAAGAUUUGAGUGAGAGGAAGAAAAGCAAAGGCCUAUGAAUGGAUGGCAGAGAUCCAGAUAUUUGAUAGUGAUGCAACAUAUACGAUAGAUGUAGAGGUGAAAUGGAGCGGAAAUAUAGCUUCCAGCUCUGCUCAGAAAACUGUGUAUACAGCAUGUUCAUGUUUGCAUAUUGAGUGAUGAGGCUAUGAGUCGCAGGUUCAUCUUCCUACCGGGGCGUGUUUGCACAAGCACACAGAUCUAUAUGCCUCUUGUUGAAACAGGGACUUAUCAGAGAUUAUUCCUGUAUUAUAGUCUGGCUUCAUAAACUGCCUCAAAAUAUAACUGAAGACAAUACUAAGGACAAUAUUCCAGUCUAUCUAAAUACUAGACUAAUUUCAGAAAUUGUUUUACCCAUCAGUCAAACACAAACACAAACACAUGGGAAAAUAGGUCCCAGGUUGACAAAUAGAGUUAGAAAAAUAACUUUUAUGUGAAUCUUUCGCCAUGCCCUUCAAGAGUGAAUGUGAUUCAUUUCUCACCUUGACAUCCUCAAGCUUGUUUUUUUAUACAUUCAUACCCUGGACUAUCCUUGCCUUGAGUUUCAUUCUUUAUUAUUACCUGAGAACAAAGCGGUUGGCCGUCUUCACUAAAUCCAUCUGUUGAAGUAUUCAAAUCCCUGAGAAAAUACUGAGCUACAAAAUACUUAAAACUCCUCGAAUAUCUUUUCCACGAAGGCCACCAGGUAACCAGAGGGUCACAGGUUAGAUCCCCUCAAUACCUCAAAAUCUCCACAACAGCCACGUGUCACCGCCUGCUCACUCUAUCAUAAGUCGCCAGCUUUCCAUCAUCAUCAACCGGGUAUGAUUUUUUCCAUUAUUGUAAAAACAGCCCGGUAUGAUCUCACUAUUGUCUUGGACACCUGGCUUUAUCCACAUCAUGCUGUAAUCUUCCUGGCCUCUGACCUCUUUCCAUCCCAUCUGUGGACUCACUUUGAGCUUCAGGGAUUACUUCGACCUCAGGCAACAUAGCGUAUGCUAUGAUUCUAGUUAGUAUUACCCUUGAAUAACAGCCUGAAAAAGCUGAGUGUUUAUCUAACCUAAGACUUUUCCUGAGGCCAAGAUGGUCUCUUUUGACACACUUCAGGCAACAGUGUGUGUGGUCUGCCCUUUGCCCUCUGCUGGGAAAGUCCAUCAAGUUUAAAGAGGACACGGCAGACAGGAUGAACUUGCUGUUCUGUUUUCCGAUCCUGAAGAGAAAGUUGAGAACACAAAGGAAGUUAAGUGAGGUGGACAGUCUUGACCCAAAACCAAGUGCUCACCGAACAAAAUAAAAUAUUCUUCGAUUUGAUCUGACCUGAUUGUCUGUCCUGCAGCCACCACAAAACUUAGAAAUCCACCUUCAGGAACAGCAGUUUUGGGCUAAAUUCACUAACUGCUGACAGUGUGGAAAUUUAUCAGACGUAUAGAGGCAAAACUGCGUCAGUAAUUUCACAAGACAAAGUGUCAUCAGAGGUUUCAUCUAUGUGUCACUAAUUGCAGUCAUAGUUCAAUAUCUGCCCCUAUGACACAGGAUGGCUUUGUCAAGGAUAUAUGUUUGCUGAUGGAAACAUAUGCAGAAGUGAAACUUGCGGCCUUCCUGAACCACCACGACACAGUCACCUCAAACGCCCCUGCACCUUCCAGUCAGAGUGAUGAGAUCAACUCUGGUUCAUCUGAGUUUAAAAAACAGAUCCCAACCUUACCUUUGCUCUGAUUAGACCCAGCUUUGACCGUCCAAUCCAAUCCAGACAUCUCCAAGUCCGAGUUAAAAACAACACCGCUUCUUUGUGAUGAAAAUAUGCUAUGGAAUUUGUUUUGAUUAUCUUUGGGGCCGUUUUGACCUUAACUGAUAGGACAUCUUGCAAGACAGAAAAUAUUUGGGGGGGGAAUGGCAUGCAUCAAGGGGCCUUGGGCCAUUGUCGAACCUUGGACCACUACAUCAAGGUCUUUGGCCUCUCCAUAUGGGAUGCAGGCUGUAGCCACUGCUACCCUGAUUUAAAAUAUUUUUGACAGCUUUCAUGUAUCCCUUAAGAAUUACAGCUAUCAUGGUCAAUUCUGCUCUAAUAAAUGCAACCACCCAAUUCCAGGAAGUAAAUGCCUUUCUUUGUUGGUAUCAUGACGUCUUUUUCUUGCCGUCUGUAACAAAUGAAUAUCUCAUAAUCUACUCAAUAGAUUAGUUCAAAGUUCGGUACAACCACUCGUGGUUCUAAGAGGACUGAUCCUUCGUAUGUUGAUGUUCCUAUUUGUGGCCUCAACCCUUUUAGUCAUGGCGGUCACUAAAGUGUACAGCUUCUCAGAAGGUAUUUUAUUCUCUAGCUUUAACCCUAGAACACUAAAUUAGUAACACCGUCACGAUCGCCAGGUGACUUUUACCCAAAAUAAUAUACCCAAGAAAACGUACUUGUCAUCCAAACCUACUUACCCUCUAUCACUAUUGCCGGGUGAAAAUCUCCCAAACACGUGCCUGUGGGAAAAAGCAGGUUUUGGAUCAGGGAAACAAAUAUACCUUCAAAGAUGUCAAAGGCAAUGCUGAAGCUACCCAGGGACCCAUGAGACUCAGACAAAAGCAACAUAAUGAAAAUCACGUCAACAUGUUUGAUCGGGUGAAAAUCACCCGGGCAAUAGUGUUCUAGGGUUUAUGGUGUUCACAUCGGCCACUCCACUGGAUAUUAGUAGGCUAAGCCAUACACUGCCAUCCACUGGCAGUGACAGUAAGGUAGAAGUCCCAUGUUGGUAACCUCCUACAGUUCCCUCAAUUCCAGAAGGAACUUCCACUUGAAAACAUUUCGUAACGUUUCAAUCAGUUUAAGAAGAACCUUACAAAUGAUAGAUGUUUAGAGUUACCAUGUUAUGGUGAUGUUAACAAAUGCUACGAUUAACUAGUUCUUGUAUUUCAAGUUAAUUGCUACUAACUAAGAAUCCAAUGAAACCUCUGCUAAUCUUGGUUGCACUAAGCGUUUGGUUGCAGAUGUUAGCAUGCUAGGCUAAUGUAGGUUGAGCUAUAAAUUCUACCCUUAAAAAUCCUAUAUUAUGGUUGCUGUGAACCUGUUAGCAUACCUAUAUUAGCAUUUAAUUCAUAGCACAGCUGUGCAUAGAGUCAUCCUGCCAAUAAAGAUUCUCGGACUUGUUAUUGAACAUUCUUGUCCAGCCUUCACCAUAUGUUAUUGGACACAAAAAUUUAAGUAAGCUGUAAAUCCCAGGAAAAUGCUAAUAAGGUUUUUUUUUUUGUUUUUUGUUUUUUUUUUUUGGGGGGGGGGGGGGGUGUCCUGAUAGGGUUGAAAUAACACCCUGAGAACUAAAAACUGUGAUCCUUUUACUUCACACACAGUCCCCCUAGCACCCCGGCCCCCAGCACUUUCUGUCUUUGGCCAAUAGACCCCAAAGUCCAUUAAGAGAACCCAAACAAACUUAAUCAAGGUUUGGGGGUUAAAAAGAGAGGGAGGUUUACUGGGGGGAGGGGCAAAUCUGAAUAGAUUUGACCAAAGUUUGUGUGUGUGUUUGUGCUUGUGUGUGGUACUUUUGUUUUUGUCAUGGGGCAGUCAGUAUGGAGGCUGAAUGAGGAUGAAUGACCGAGAGAGUGUGAAAGAAGGAGAAAGGGAGUUUGUGUGCAGCGUUUUCGUAUAAGCUCCACUCUGGGCCUAUCAUUACCAGAUGUCACAGUGAGGGAGGCUGCCAGACAAAUCACUGCUCAUUGCCUCUCUGCCUUUUCUUUUUCUUCAUUUCUCUCAUUUCUCCAACUCCCUCUCUCCCUCUUUUUUCACUUCCUCUUCCAUUUCCAGCUGUUUUUUGGUGCACGUAGCGAGAGCAGGGAAAGUUCUCCACCAAUUGUUUCAGUCCUGAGAGGAGCUCGGCAGUAGGACCCCUCCCUCCUUCUAUCUCUCUCCCCUUUCUCUUCUCCUCCCUCCCUCUCUCACUCUCUUUCUCCUCCCCUUGUUGUGACAGAGCACACCUGCUUGAUCUUGGCUACACGCGCUCUGAGUCCAAUUACUACAUAGGCCCUUGCAGCCGCUCCACAGUCUCAUCCCCCCCACUCGACUGGAUUUUUGGGAGUCAAGCUCAUCUUUGCCCACUUGAACCUUCAGCGCCUUCCUUCUACUGAGAACAGGUAGGUUCAUACUUAUGGUUUGUGGGUAGAAAAUUAAGGGUAAUAAUGUGAAAGCCAGUUCAGGAAUGUGAGCUUAUUUAGACUGGAAAAGUUUGAGAGUGCCUUAGCUGUUGCUGAAUUUUAGCAAAACUAAAUGAACGAUUUAUCACUAAAAGUCAUAUUAUUUGCAGAUGUGAUUUAACACAUACAAGAUAACUCCUCACUCUCUCAUUUAGCACAUACAGAGUUUGUUUUAUUUUCAUUAUAACUGUAUUCGAGCACGCUUUCACCACCUCUCCUUUGUACAUUUUUAUGUUAUGAAUAUUCCGGAUUCGUUGCCAGGUCUUUUCCCACAGCUCUCUUGGCUUUGUGAUGAGAGACUUUAAUCAUUUCCAGGGAAAAGAGAGAGAGCUGCAGCCGGCGAAGGGGGUGUGGUACUGAAGUUGAUGCUGGUACCUCACUCCCCUGCCAGAAAAACUAAUUCUUCUGGGCCAUCAUUAAUUUCCAAAGUAUCCAUGUGAGGUUUAGUUUAUGAUUUCAGCUUGCCUUUUCUUUAUUUGUUACUCUCUGUGGUGAUUCGCCAGAUUUUGAGGACAUUGCUUAAUAGUUGUUUGGAUAUAACCCAUUUGGAAGUGCAUCUUUUGAGGCCAGUGUUUGCAUAUGUUUGUUAAGUUUUGGCAAAGUUAAUGGUUACAUGAGGAGACGAGCUGAUUGAGAUAGGCAGAAUAUUUAGAUUCUUGGCUACAGUUGUUUGUUGCUUCAAUUCACCAGUAUUUGCUUGUGUCAGUGGAAAAUAACAUGAUUAAUCUGUUGCUGUUCUCUCUUUGUCAAACUUUCUUUCAUUCUCAUUUUUCUUUUUUUCAUUCCCUCCGGCGUUUGGGCAGUCGACAAGCAAAUGAAGGGGGGGAGAGGGUCAAAACAACAAUCAAGAUUUCUUUGUGUUGAGUCAUUAUUCCCUGUCAAGACUUUAAUUUGGAAAAAGCUGUUUCUGCUGCUUCGUACACUUUCCAUUUCAGCAGUUCAUCUGAGACAGCAACCAGACCAUUUUAACCCCAAUUUCUUAUCUGUCUGCUUUGUGGCCCUGCUUCUUCUCAAAGUGAGCCUCCUCUGCCCACCGUGGCAUUCGCUGCUUGUGUUUUCACAGGAGCAGAACGGCACCCAAAUUGCUAGGGGCAACUUAAAGUGAGAGGCUUUGAAGAGGAGAUGAAAAAAAGCUGUACCUGGCAACGCACAGUGCCAUUAAUCCUGUAAUGGUACAGCUUCCUCUAUCAAAGAGAGGUCUGGAGCUUCCCGGCAAGCCAACACACAACUUGAGUUAACUCAUUACAUCCUUUUUGCCAGCAGGGAAAAACAGCUAAUAGGGCUCAGCUGCAGUCAGCUGCAUUUUAAGAAGUGAAGUGAAACUAAACAGAGACAAACAAAAUAAGGGAAAAAGGGUAAUGUGAGGCAUAAACUGUGUACAGAAACAUGUUCAGAGCAAUAAAAUCUGUACUAGUUCAUAUUUUAGAAUCGAGCUGAGCAGAUGUUUCACAUUUAAACCAGGGAUGAGCGCAUGAAUGUUUGGAGGGGACAAGGCCCAGAUUUGCACUUAAAGGCCACAUUUUUUCCAUCUGGACUUCGACUGUCUGGGUCGAAUAGAGCUCAAGAACAAUGGAAUUAAAUGGACAUCAGCCAUGAGCCUGUUUUCUUUUUUUCCUCCUUGAAAUACCAGAAAGUUCCACAUGUCCAUCUCUUCUGGCCAAAGUUUUGAGGGUCAGACAGAGAAAGAAAAUACCAUAAGCUAUGGGAAGAGAGGAAGGAAGGAAGCAGAGAGCACAAAAAGGGAGGAGGAGAUGGAAAGAGAAGAAAGGAAGAAAAGGUUGGGCAGUUUGUCCACGUCUGUGCAGCGCAGACUGUUGAUAAUGGGACUGAGGUUGAUGGCAGGCCGACAGCUCUUCUCAUGGAACAGCUGAAAUGUGGUUUAACCACUUGCUGGCUUUCUCAUGCUGCCAUUCAAGAUCACCUCGAAUGAUCUUUUUGUCAUAGCAAUGCCUCUGACCUUUUCUCUGCUUCUGCUUGAAGAAAUUAUAUCGAUUAUCAUUCUUAAAGAAAGGGUCUUGGGUGUACUCAUAGUUAAAAACCUCCCAUAGGGACACAGAUGGGAGUGUGGACGGCCCUGUCCUGGCAAGACUGAUUGGGUGAAAGUGAUGAAACAUGAAAGACUUUGCUCUGAAACAGUUUUUUGGCUGUAUUGUUGCAUAUUUUCAGGCACACGUUUUCUCACUCCCCUGAUAAACCACAUAUUUGACCACCAACUCUCUACACCACAGCUGAAAAACAGGAAUCUCAGGACAGUUUGGAUGAGAGCGACUCCAUCAAAAACUGGAAUAGUCCGUCCACUGAAUUUGCAAAAACUUGUGUUCGUAUGACAACAUUUUUAAUAUGAUCCACAUGCACACAGGCUUGGUAAAAACCACUGAAAAUGCUGCAGUUUGCAUGCCAGGCCAGUAGUUGGCUGUAUAAGUUUGUAAUGAAACACGAGUGCCUGUGCAUAAAGCUUUGGCAGAAUGGAUGACAAUGGCGAAUCACAAAUCUACAUUUUGCAGAAAAGGGGUUGAAUAGAGUCAAGAGCACAAGACAAUUCAAGUUCACCAUUGUUGUUGUUAUCCCCUAACUCGUGCACGACCAUUUGACUCAAAAACUUGAUACACAUUAGCAGACAUGGCAUUCUAUGUCCCCUCAGGUGUCUAAUCUUGUAAAGACAUGAAUGCCCAACAAUAUGACUUCAAAAAAAUCAGUUCAAUCAGCCCCUUACAGUCCAGGAUUCUAGUGUCAUUAUCCAUCAUGCUAAUGCUUGUCUGUGCAUACUUUGUGGAGGGCUGCUAAUAUUCAUUUUCUAAUGGGUUAAGAGGGCCACACGUGUUCCUAACGUCCUGUGGCCUUGUAAAUACCUUCCAGUGAUUCAUUGCUGGCAGACGCUCUGCAGAGUUAGACACAGGUUGGGGGAGGUAACAGACACGGGUGAACGGUUGGAUGGGAGUUGGUGUCUGCUCCACAUUGGUCCCUUUACUUCAAUGUGAUUUCAUUAAAACCCAGACAACAUAGGGUGUAAUACUCAUGCCUAUUUCUUUCAGUGUUACGAAACUUUCAGUUGAUAUGGUAAUCAUCCUACGACUAUCUCAGCGAUUCCCCGAGUCUGAACUUUUCAUUGAAAGGCGCUGACAAAGAAAAGAAAGUGACAAAGCAAAGGAGGGAACAUUACUUUACUCCCUCAUGCGAGCUCUCGGCUUCCUGUCUGGGAAUCAUUAGUAAUGCUGGGGCCAGACUUAGGGGAAAGUGUUGGGAGGGAGGAGAGAUGGGAAGCAAUGAGACAAAAGAGGAACGCAGGAGGGGUGACAAGGAUGCCGGUCCCGCCACAGGAAAUGUCAACCCUCCUCCCUUUUUUCUCAUUCGGACUCAAAGUGAUGGAUCACGAGUUUUAUGAUAGAAAUGGUUGGAGUACCAUUUAUCCUUCACUGGGAUGGGUAAAUGGAAAAUACAGGCUAAACUUUGUCACAGCUGCUUGUGUUUUUCUUUCUGAUUGAUUUACCUUUCUAUACCUACCAUAGCUCUAUAUCUCAUGCUUCAACAAGCAUCUGCUAACCAUACGAAGCACUUCAGAGCUCUUUUGAGGCCUGUGAUUCAUCAUUGGUCCUUAUGGAAAUGCAUUCUCCUCCUGGUCCAGACUUUUAAAUGUGUAAAGUAUGGGUGCAGCCUCAGUGGUUUCUGAGGUGGAGUUUUGAAGCUCAGCGGUGGUCGCCAUGUUGGAAAUGCUGACUCAGCCAAGCAUUUGGUCAAUCUAGCAAGAAGCAAAAUGGCAGAGUUGAGGUGGGCAUAUAGCCUACACCUUUAGCCACCUGGUUAACAUCUACUAUGUGCCCAUCUGUUAGCCAAGCCAGUCAUCCUCUAAUAAUGCCUAAUUAUGCAAAACUCGUUGCCUUAGCAUCUUUGGAGCAAAUAAGUUCUUAAAAAUUCUCCCUCUACUCAGUAUUUGGGAGAAAAUAAAGAAGUUGCCUGCCCAAGAUUUUUUUUUCUACCAGGCAAUAAAAAUACUGUUAAAGUGGGAGCUUCAACAUUAUUAUUUACCGUGUCUCCUUAACUUUUGGGGCCAUCCUCCAGUGGACACUUAAGGUACUGCAGUUUUUGGCACUUAAUUUUGGGCUCCUUCUUUUUCUAUUUUGGGGGGUUAUGUGCCUUUUUUUUGAAAGGACAGUGGAUAGAGUUGGACACUAGGGUUUGACAUGAGGCAAAGGGCCACAGGUCCAAACCAAACCCAGGCCACCCACAUCGAGAACAAUAGCUUUUGUAGAUGAAGCUUAACCACUGAGCUAAACUGGCGGAGGUUGCAGCUUGGUCCAGACUAAGACAUGCUUUGACAUGUUCUUUGCUCCAGAUUUCUCACAAAGUGUCCAUGAGAGUUGCAUUUUGCAUUUGUUGGAAGUUUAUUUGACAAAGACAAUCAUUCUUGCACACUUCUCAAAAUUCUCUCUGGAUGAAACAUUGUUGAAUACCAAAUUAUGCCAAAUUAGUCAGUCUAAUUCUUGCAGAUAAAGCCUGUCCCAUUUUCCGUCUUGUAAACUGGCAUAUGGCCAUAACUCAAUGUGAUACUGGCCAUACUUCUGGAUCAGGCAACAUUAAACAGAUGAACUGUAAGGAGAGCCUUGAAGACGAGACCCAAUCUGUAACAUCACAUGGAGACACCGUUUUUUAAGGCAUUUCAUAUAAAGUUUAUUUAGAAUCAGGUCAUGUUGCCAAAGCUGCAGGGCAACAAACCUGACUUGUAAUACUCCUUUAAAGAAUGAUGUGAGGGUGAAAGUUUUUCUAGUAAGUCUGGAUCUUCAACCAGGAGAUAAAAAAAAAUGCUGAUGUAGAGUUUGCAUGGUCAAGUCAUGUUCCAGCACGCUCUGUUGACAGCCCUCUGGGUUUACCAUGCACACACACACACACACACACACACAAACACACACACACACACACACACACACACACACACACACACACAAACACACACACACACACACACACACACACUAGUCUGUGCUGUGUGUUAAGUGGAUUCUUAUGUGUCUGUAUAAAGGUGAAAGGAGGUUCUUCCUCAAGUAGGCCAUCCUGUGGACACAUCUGAAGGCCCCUCAUCCACUUAUGUGCAUGCUUUUGAAAAUGUGAGGGUAUUUUUCUGCAUGUGAACCUCCCAAUCAGACACAAGCAGAGUUUUAUGUCACAGAAAAUGGAGGUUUUUGAAAAAGGUGAAGUAUUUUGAAAAUGCUACUUAGUUGUGGAUGGGAAAAUGAAAAAAAUUGGGAGACCUUGACCUGAAAGAACAAGUGUAUCACACUUAAAAGUUUUUAAUCCACACUAUUUCCAAAAGCCGCUCUAUAUACGUGCAUGAUGUUCGUCCCCGGUGGUUAGACAUGACAUUUUCAAUACGCUUAAUCACUACAGACUGGUGUGCUUUUGUCAACAGUUUUUCUUUUGUUUUAGGUGAAAGAUUCAAAAACCCACCAAUGUGGACAUUUUUUUUUCUAUUUUUAACUAAAGGGGAAAAAAUCAGCCUUAAAAGUAAUCUGUGUCUGUAUGGAUGUUGCUCGAGUUAACUGAUUUAAAAAAUCAGUGCCUGGGGAGCAGCGUGUAAUCUCAUGCAUCUCCUUGGGACCUCCAUCCCGCUUUGAGAGCUGCAAAAAGCUUGACUUCUGACAUGUCUAAGUGCAUUAGUCUUGGGUUGACUGUGGAAUGACCCUUCAGUUCACAGACAGACCUUCUCAACCGUGUCGCCAUUACUUUCCACUCUAAAUCUUGAAACAUGACAAGAUAUUUCUUCGACGCUGCGCCUCUAAAUCCAAAAUAUACUGAUUUAAUUAUCCUAAUAUCACUUAUAGAAGCUUCUUCUGCCACAAACUGCAAGCUCAUGUCCCAAAUGAUAAUCCCACACAAUAUCCUCUAUUCCAUUCCAGGGUUUUACAGUCUUGUUUUCGUGUAAUCAUCAACGACUCAUGGGCCUCAUUAUGACUCACAAAGUAGCAGUAAUUCUUGUCUCGCACUAAAAGUAAAGCCAUUAAAUUCUGAUAGAGCUCAGCCUUAGAUCACUCUCUCCUCUUUUUGCUUUGCCCCCGCCUGGCUUGCAUUAAAAUGUGCCGAAACGUUUACAGGCAUAGGUUGAUGGAUUGAUGGCUGGACACAUGGAGGGCAGACUGAAACCUUGCACCAGAGCACAUGUGUAUGUAUAUCUGUUAAUGUGCUUGUGGCCAUGGGUCAAAGCAUGGAGAUAAGGUUCAGCUAUCAGCAGGGAGACCUCUGUUAUUUUGUGCAGCAGCUUUGUAGAUAACUCUGAAUGUUCCAGUCUGCAUGAAGUGCCAGAUGUGAGGAGUUCAUGCAGCAGUACAACUAUGAAAGGUGAUAAAUCGACUUUGAGAUCAUUUCCACUAUUGGCAAUUGGUGCAUCACACCACAAGGCUUGCACAAACCAUCCAAGAUAUCUACAAGCAACUCUUGACCGAAGAGUGCUUUACAUCCCAAAAUCCAAAAAUGACGAAAUUGCACUGCUGCCAAGUCUGUAGACAAGGUUUUUGUUGGAGUGAGCUUUCAGCCGAGCUUAGAUAAGAGAGUCUGACACGGCCAAGAUUACUCAUUCUGUCAGGAAGACUGGAACAACAUGUCCUCUGGGUAUGUUCACAGCUCUUAGUUUCAGCGCCUCCUGUACAGUAUGUACUCCAUGUUUCCGAUUGAGACAAUAUGGCAGAGUCUGCGUGGAAAACUGCAGCCAGACUUUAAACAUUGUGCGACAUGAUUCCAGGCUCAAAGCGUCGACUUAUGAGAUCACUCCUUCAGUGUUCUUCAGGUUUUUUCAAUUAACAGCAGCAGAACAAGACAACAAAAGGUCAUUUAAAGGCACCGUUUUCCCAUCCAACGCAGCUCCUUUCUGAAUGGAAGCGAUUUCAAACUCGGUCAUACUGUAUGCAAGCACUGUAACCACUGGACUGAAGCCGUACAGUGUGUCAAAGUGGUGGCUGUUUUGUGGACAUGCGCUGUAAUUACUGUGUCGAGAGUCCCUCAGAGCCAUGAUCCCUGUGACCUGAUGUAACCUGGAUUUCUCUACUUCAUCACAUCUUUCUCCUGCUUUUUCUCAUUCUCAAAGAUACGGCUCAUUACACAUGUAAAGCUAUACACCUUAAAAUCUAGUAUCUACACCAAAACAGAAGCAUAAUGUAGCACAUAAACCAGGCCAGAGGUCUAACCAACUGAUGGUUUUGGGUCUGUUUCAUGAUCCUGGUCAUAAUGUUCAGGUCAAGGUCUGCAGUAGACCAACUUCUCCCAAAUCAUUUGUUAGCAGCUGUGGCUCAAAUCUGCCCUUCAAUUAUUGUGGCACCAAGAGGGAAGGAGCAACUUUUUUGGCUAAAAACAUGACACGCAGAUUGCUGGUUUAUUCAGACUGUCUGUGUGUGUGUUACAGUAUAAAGGGUCAGAGAGUUUGUGUGGAUCUCCAUACUGUUUAAAUUCAUGUGCGUGUGUGUGUGUGUGUCAACUGGGUUGUGGUUGCAUUUAGAAAUAGACAACUGCAUGCGGCAGGAUUCUCCCAGUGACUCUCGUCCAGUGAAGUGAACUUGUGCAUGAGCAUCCUCAGCCUGAGUCAACUAUACAAUGAAGUAAUUAAAUGACGAACAAAUCAUGUCUGUGAUUCAUUACUCUAAAUAUAAAACAGUUGUAGCCUGCAGUGUAUACAGUGGUAGCCAUGAAAUUUGCCAUGUUGCAUCCCGUGAGUAUUUGAGUAAAGUAAAUGCAGAUGUUGCAGAAGCAGCUGCCAAUAAUGUUUUUUCUUGUUGUACAACAAACUAACCGCACAAGUUCACCGGUGAGAGAGAAGAUGCUUAAACUAACAAACUGCAAAAGAGCUUAACUGAGCGCUAAAAAUCUGUAUGGUUGGGAAAAGUUCCAAUAAGGUUUAAAGAAAAUUGUUAAAAUAUUUAAGAUCAACUGGUGCACAGAGUAAACGUGGAAAUUAAAAGAGUCAAAAAGUAUACCUGUUGAACUCAGGAUACAAAGGAUAAACUGUGAGCUGAAAAGCACUUAAUAAAAUAUGUAACUAAGGUAAUGUCAGACAGCUUACAGUAUUACAUUUGCUAGAUUGAUGAAUGAAUGUGAUAAAUUAGCAGCCAGCCCAACAAAAAUCAAUAAUAUUAAAUGGCUAAAACAGAGGCCGAUUCAGUGAGCAUAGUUUUCUCUCUUUGAACUGAUUGUACACAUCAAUCAAAAGUCUUUAAAGUUCAUAAUUUCUGAUAAAUUCAAACCUUUAGACCUCAGUUUCAUUACUUUUGGUAUUUGUGUUUUACAUGUUAUUUUUUCUAAAGCAGGAACCCCCAGGACUAGUUUCUAUACUAGGUUCUCACCUUCAACCUUAUCCUGACUAUUUAAAUGGCUUAAUUGACUAACCUCACUUAAAGGUUAUACCCAAGUGUUUAACCCCUAACCCUCAGUCUUCAACCUCUCACCUUUGACCUUUGCCUUAUUGGACAUCAAUCAAGUCUUCGGUACCGUUUUUCACUCUGCAUGCUUCUCUGUCUUUGACUGUAUGAACAUCACAGAGAAUUGGAGACAGGGAAACAGGGAUACAUGGAGUUUAAAAACUAACUAAUCACAGACAGACUGACGGGAAAGUCCACGCCCAAACCUUUGAUCUGUGUCCUCUUGUGCUCCAGGCUCCCUGCUAGCGGCACCAUGAGGUCAGCCUGUCUCUCUCUACUCCUGGUCACCGCCUGCUGGGCUCUGCCCUUCCGCCAGUCCGGCUUCCUAGACUUCAUGAUGGAGGAUGAGGCGGGAUCAGGUGACGAAGUUACCACUGGCCCCUUCCCUCCCAUGCCCGAUGGACCCAAGUGCCCCUUCAGAUGCCAGUGCCACCUGCGUGUUGUCCAGUGCUCUGACCUCGGUAAGAAAAAACAUGAUUAGUGACAGUACAUGAUGAUGAAUGAACUUUUUUAAAGCCACUGUUAGUAGUUUUUUUUUAAAUUAUUAUUAAGAAACAAUGUAACUCUGGUAUUGAUGUCACUUCACGACCAAAAUGCUAAAUCACAAUUUAAAUAAUCAGCCAAGGUCAAUAAACAUUCUACCCCAACUAUAUCCUACAAAAAGUGGCCUUAAAAAAGAAAAAAGUUGUAUUUAAUAGAAAAUCUGUUUGCAUUAAUUUGCUUUCACAAGAAACACACAAUUUGGCAAAAGUCACAUCUUUGUGGGUGAUGGUAGCCUGUUUUCUAAAAAACACUUUGUAGCUCAAAGAGGGCACUAUAAUCAACACAGCAUGUUAAUGCCUUACAGCGCAUUUUUAAUGUAGACAACAAAUAAUAGUGUAAUGUAGAUAAAAAAAAUAAUAAUUAAAAAAAAAAAAGCAAAACACUCACAGGAUAGAUGUUGGGCGCUUUCCGUCACCGUCAUGUUCCAGCUCCGUCGGGAAGCAUGUGUUAUCAAACACUGAAAAUGUGUUUGGAUCAUAGUAGCAGCAUAGUGCAGCCCUGGUCAACUGGCCUCUGUUUACAGAAAACAACAUACUCACUACAGACUGCCGUUUCCCUACUGAUUUGGAUCUUAUUCUGUGACUGUUGAGCUACUACUGUGUGUGAACAAGCAACGUGGUUUUAAAGUUUGGAUUUUAUAGGUUUACUCCUGUUUAGAAAAGUGAACUAUGUUCUGCUUUGCUGUGCUGUUACCUUCAGACAGACUUAGCAGCUCAAAGUCCUGUUGGGUCCACAUGGAUCAGGAAAUGGUCAUGGGGUUGCUCUGUGUUAAUGAUAAACCCAUAACCUGUUAGUUGUUUCAUCUACACGAACUGAUAAACAUUCGGGAGUCUGCAUAUGGUUUUAUUUUGGAAUUUACUGGAUGACAUUCAACACUUCCAUGUGUGAAAUCCUGUCUAGGAUGAUCUUCUCUGAGGAGAUUGACGCAUGCUCCACCGAAAAUAGACUUGGGGUGUAUCUUUAGUAGAGCAGCACGUAGCAUGUGAUGCUGAUCAAACACACUUAACAUGCAUCCUGUUGGUUUGGGGCUUGAAUCAUACAUUAGUACUGCUUUGACAUGGCAAAUAGCAAAUAACUGAUCAGGAUUUGGGGAUCAGAUUUUAAGGAGACAUGGCCACCCCUGGCCAUCCUUCAGAUCCACCCCUGGUUGGACAAACUUCUAAAAAAAAUCACUCAUCUGUUCUUCACCUGGUCCAUACAUCCAAACUAAACUUGAUUUGAUUUGAUGGAUUAGACACAAGUAUAGCAGUUUUCCUGCUCACAUUCAUCUUCCUCCUUUACUUGCCUUCUGGCCUAGAUUUAACCAAAGUCACUUUUUAUAAUCCAGAGCUGAGGUCAGAUGGGUGUCUACAGUAGUUAAUUGUACUUUCAUUGUUUGAAUGACAAUGUUAGAUUUAAAAGCAGAAAUAGUCACCAGCUUUACAAGCUCAGCUGUCUCUAUCAUCCACCCACAGGGUCAGCUGAAGGGUAUAUUGUUUUAGGCUUUACCGUAAAGUCCCUGGUGAGCAUGACAGCACUGCUGAUAUCUUGAAUGCUUACAGAUGUUGAGAGUCCUGUUUCACUUCCUGUGAUAAUUACGGUUUGGCAAAUCCUUACCCUGUCUAUAGUUUAAACAUGAUGAAAAGUUAUACAGCUUGUCUCUCAAUGUAAAGCAACAAGGCUGAAAAACAAUCACGGUUGAUUUUUUUUACUCAGCAGAGUCACAACAAUUUACUCAAUUGUCAUUCUUGUUGUUUGUUUCGUUCUGUUUGUCUAAUCCGAUGUAGAACAUACACAACAGCUUGAGUCAUCUCACAAAAUGCGCCGCAGAAAAUCCCCUGACCUCAUUUAUUCUUGUUUAUUACAUAAAAGUGCUUCGCGGCGCAGUUUGGUUUGAUAGCUUCUUGGCUCCAACGUUGUUUGGAAAGAAAAAGGCACGAACUUCACAGAGACACAUGAAGGGGAAUGAAAUAAAAAGUGGAGUGGGCAGACAUAACAGGGUCAAACCACAUUUGGUUUUGUAAGUUUAAGAGGGGCAAGGUUGCGACGGUGAAAUGGAAAAGAGUUUGCAGACCCAGAUAGGCAGGUGGCUCGACAGUGAGAGUGAAAGGCUGCUGGAGAGAGUGAUGUUCAGGGAAAGGACGGUUCCAUUACAUCAGUCACUCCUCCAGCCAGGGCCCCAGUCAGCAGCAGGUUUUUACCCAGGAGAUGCUGCUUCGUGGCUGGAUCAGAACUGUUGGCCUCGAGCCUCCAUCUGUUCUCCAGACCUGCUGGCGUACGUACAAACACACACUCACAUAGUAGGACACACAAGUUUAAAGCUCAUACACACAGACCUGGACAAGAAAGGCUAGUCUGCAAAUGUCCUACAAUUCUAGCAUUUGUAGAUGUGAGUUUCCUCCAAUUUUUUUUAGUGUGUGGGGGUGACAUAAAGGAGCAAAACUUUGAUGCAAGGCACAAGCAAGUUGCAAUGAAAUAUACCAAGAUAAUGAGGGCCUGUGUCCACUAACAGCUUCUUUUGCACCCACAAUCCUCGAUUUAAGAGUAAUUUAGAAGUUGACCAAAGUUGGGUUUUACUUCUCCUGGUGGUGACCCUUAAAUCUGUUUAAUAUUCUAUAUACUCUAUGCUUCAAUUUUUUAUCGCCCAAUGAAAUUUUAUAAAGAAAAUAUUAUAAAAUUCUAUAACACUAGAAUUAGACUUAAAAAUAGGGGUUUGAAAAAUGAGUGUGCGAAGUUUCAACUUGGUACAGACCUCCUUCAUUGUUGGAGACAAAUACUAAAAGUCCUGCUCUUUUCAGACAAAUACAUUCUAUAUGAAGACGUGACCUUGACAUGUGUGUUAGGGUUCUUAAAGUUGAACAACUGUCAAUGCAAUGACUGCAGUGACGAGAAGCAUGAGUUUUGAAUGGAGACUUCCCAUGCAAAUACUGUUGCUAGUGGACACAGGCCCUAACUUAUUUUUGCAGUUACACCACAUCUUUUCUUUUGUUCUCUUGAAUAUUUUCUUUCAUAAACAGUGAUUGUGUUAGAAAUGUGUGUGUUUGACUUGUGUAUCACAGAAACACACAACUCCUGAACGGCCUCAUGGAAACACGAAGUUGUUCAAAUCCCAUGGUGCAAUCAGGCCAUUGCCGAUCACCUGAGGCGGUCUUACAUUUACUCUGUCAUCAGUGCUUGUUAAGGCUGAUAACAGGUCCAGUCCAAAGCAAUCAUGUCUGAUAUUUUCAAUCACUUGGAGUAACUAUUGUGACAGUAAUAGUAGGAAAAAGUCCCCUUUGUCUUGUUCAUUGCGUGCCGAGCGGCUGUUAGUUCAAAAGUGAGACACUGACCUCAUAUGAUUACAGAUUUUCCAAAGGGGUUGUAGUGUGCCGUGCCAUUUGAAUCAAUUUUUCACCUUAAGUGCAAAGAAUUGAGUUUUGCCUAAAGACUGCAAACCUCAACAGUGAAGUCACAAAACCCCACAAAAAUCUUCAUUUCAUUUUGCACAAAAUACUCUCUUGCUGCAAGAAAAAACAGAAAGAUUUCAAUCUGCAGGAGUCUAAAAAUGGAAACUAACAGGUCAUUUCUAUAAAGUUAGGUUUCCACCAAGAGCUAGAUUGAAAAAGCACCCUCCAAACUGAGACAGCAAAGCUCCAAAAAGUCUGACUUUUGGUGUUCAACAAUUACAAAAGAAUGCGUGUGCUAGUAUGGAGACAUCCAGCGUGGUGCUGUAAUGAUGGAGGUGACCACAAACAGCUGUGAUGGUUUGUGGGUCAUCCACUGCCGAGUUGGAAAAAACUGACAGAGAAGCAAACAUAGCUUGAAGUAAUGUUUGGGUGGGCUGUGCAGAAGACGUCACUAACUUUCAGGACAAACGUGUACAGGCAAACGUAUGCAAAAACAGAGUGGAAGCUGCUCUCUUAAACAGUUUACUCUUUGUCUCUUCCUCUGAAUGUAAACUUCAGAUUACGAACACCACUAAUCCAGAAGAACAUGGCUCCCAGCUGUCUUUAUUCUGUUUCAGAACACCAGUCCCUCACCACAGAAGCUAUUUUCCGUGUCACAUCAGCCAUGGCGUGGUGUGAUAAAGUCCAAGCAAAAUGACUUAGCGUUAGCUCAGUGUCCAGGUAUGCAGCUGCUAUAUUCCUCCAAAGGAAAUUUGUUUCAAGGUCCAUUUCCACUGCGUGUGCUUGGUCGCGCAUCAAAAAGUUAUUUGGUCCCUUUGGAAUGCCACCAUGAAAAUCGUUCUGCACCCUGUCAUUGAGACUCUGUGUAGCAUUCAAGGACGUCAACAAAGAUGAUAGAGUCAAGCCACUGUAUAAGCCACUGGGUUCAUUUUUACUGUCAAUCCAACUUUGAUUGGUAGUGAUUGUUCUAAAAAGUUUAAAUUCUCAGAGAAAUACCUUGGUUUUCUUUCGAUAAAGGUUUAACAGAAAAAGUUGGCUAAUACAGUCAACCAGGUUUGUGUUGGUGAGUUAAGGUAAGAUUGAAAACCAUUUCAUUAGAUAUUGGUGUAUAAACCCUUGAACUCUGGACAGACUUUGAAGUUCAUGAAACCAGCCAAGGAUAAAAGAUGAAAGUUUCAUUUAUUGAAAUUCUUAAAACUGUGUAGACCCAAGUAGAAAAACUCAUGUUUUUGGCAGUAAAUAAGAAGGGGAUGAUGUAUAGUGAAUGGGUGCCUUCUACCUGGACCACUUUACAUUGAACAUAAUUUGAAUUUACAUUCAAGUGAAGACAAACUGAACAUUUCCUGCUGUAGCAUGGGUUGCAGGACAGCAUCUUUUUCAGAUCAAAACUGACCCAGUAGCUUCUCAUGCUACCGAGGCGCUAACUGGGUCAGAAUCUGAGACAGAAUCUAAGGUUCUUGCCUCAGAGUCAAUGGGCAGAGGUGAAAUAAGUCCAGAUACCUUUAAUUUGGCAUAACUGAUGUGAUCAAGUUAUCCCUAGAAUUUCUUUUGCUGUUGAAAGUUAAUUUCAGUAAUUAGUGUUUUGACCUAUCAGAUUUAAGUAUUCUACAUAGAUUCUUUCACAGACUAUGUGUGUAUUUUAACCUCUAUUUUUGAUCAAAUCUGACAUAAACUAAAAGAAAACCCAUGGAAAUAUUUAGGUUACCAUUUUGAAUCCAUUUCCUGUUGAGGUUUAAGUGUGGUUAACCUCCCCUCACCACCAUACCUCAAACUUACUUUCCCAACAUCUGUCAUUCUGAUGGAUUUACACCAUGUGUUUGCCUGUUACCCUCACAAUUCAACCCUGUCCCCUUCAAAUGUCCGUGCCAGGUCUGAAGACAGUCCCUGAGGACAUCCCAGACGACACCACUCUGCUGGACCUGCAGAACAACAAGAUCACUGAGAUCAAAGAGAACGACUUCAAGAACCUGAAAGGACUUCAUGUAAGAGACAUCCCCCUCCAUCUGUGUAUUAUUAUAAAUGUUAUGUAAUGUUUCUUAUGUAACCGUAAUUCCAACUCUUCUGCAACAUAAGCUUUUAGAAAAACUACACAAAACUCUGAGCAGUUACUAAGAAACACACCAGGAAGAACUUUUUUAGUUAAUCUGCUCAGUUUGUAAUUUUUUCAUCUACAGUUUAAUAAGGAAGAACUUCACUGCCAAGAAAAUUGUGUCCAGAUCACUGAUAAGCAAAUUCUGCCCAAAGCAAAAUGUACAACAUGGGCUCCUCAUAACUUCAAAUCAAAAAGAACAUCCUCCACCAUAUAUCCCCCUAUAGCAGCCUUUUCUAUCAACCUUGACGAUCAAUCUCCACCCACCAGGUGCACGGAAACUAUUCACCCGAAGGCCUUACACCUUCACGCCUGCAAAAAAAAACCUGCUUUUUUUUCACGUGCAAUAAAUACCUCAGUCUGACAGUCUGAGCUGUUUCCACUGUAAGGUAACUGACCUCUCCAGGGAGUGAUUCACAUACCUCACAUUACCAUCUGUCUGCUUCCAUAAGGGUGGAACCGCAGGAGGGAGAUUUUUUCUAAACAUGCAUCUGCGUGGCCUUAAACUUGGCCCUCCAUGUUGACAGAAACAGGCACCUGGUUGGAGCUUCCAUCUGCUGAGUUUAAAUGCCUUGUUUUUUUGGAAUCUCAUCUGGAAAGUAAAGAUUGUUUAAGCCCGGUGGUGUUUUUGUGGCUGUAAAUGCCAAGUUUGAGUGAAAGGAAAAAGGGGGACUGGGGUGUAAAGGUAUUUUUUUGAAUGAGGAUCAGACUCCAUGAUAAUAGAGUUCUAAAUAUUCUGUAAAUUUAUAAAAGUAUAACCCCUCUUUCAACAAAACUAAUUCAGAAACUAAAGCUGAUGCCGAAAGGACAAAGACUGCAGUACCAAUAGUGGCCACUUGAGGCCAACUCCAAAAUAAAGUCACAUCCAUUGAGGUUCCAUACAACCUUACUGAUAUGACUUCCACCAUAUUUAAAUCAGUUGAUUUUUUUCUAUUGAAGUCAACCUUUACCUGAGUUUAAUGUUGGUAGACGGUACAGCUGUCAUGUUAUACUGGUAUUAUAUACUGGUAUCUAAGAUACACAACUUUAAAUGAAUAGAUAAAUAAUAUUGAAAAUGUGUUAAAAAUGAGAAUACGGUAAUACCAUAUGGUCAUAGUAACAGUCUGCUAUGCUGGUUGCUACAUGUCAUCAAUUUCAGGGGAGAUAAAGAAGGAGUAGCAGCUGCUAGCGAUCUAGCUGUAGAGAUGAUUUGGCAUUUAAAAACUGUACUUUAGUAAUAAAUGAUGGUGUGUAAGUUACUUGCAUUUAUCACCAAACUUGUUUAAGGAAUUUGUUACCUAAUCUUUGACUUGUCUUUCUUCACAUUUACCAGUUAUUUUGUUUUGUUUUCAAGUUCCCCAUAAAUGUUGCCGUAAAACCUUUAUCAUGAUAUUUAAUGGCUGUGAUAAUCAUGAGGUAAAUCUGAUCUCGUGACAGCUCUAGUGCAGAAAGUAGAAACUGGAAAGAGACAUGAAAAAAUAACAUGACCAGAAUACGACAGGUUGGACCUGGAGGGUGUAGAAUUGAGCUGCUUGGCCCAACCGGUAUACUCAGCCAUAAUGUCAAUCAUCAUUGAAUAGCAUAGGAAACAAUGCAGCACUGUUGAGGAAAGCCAACGAGUGAAUCAUCCAAACAAUCUAUGUUUUUGACACAAAGUUUGUAUCAUGCUGAAUUCCUGUGAGAAAUGGUAACAACUACAUUUUACCAAGAUAGAGAUCUUAAAAUAAUGUCAAACAUUUGUUACCGUUCUGCCUGCAUCCGUCUUUAUAGGCUCUGAUCUUAGUGAACAACAAAAUCACCACCAUUCACGCCAAGGCCCUCAACCCCCUGAGCAAGCUGCAGCGCCUCUACCUGUCCAAGAACAUGCUAAAAGACGUACCUGCCAACAUGCCCAAGAGUCUGCAGGAGCUGCGCAUCCACGAGAACGAGAUCGCCAAGAUCAAGAAGGCUUCCUUCCAGGGCAUGGCCAACGUUAUCGUCAUGGGUGAGAAUAUAUUGCUGAGUUUAGAGAAGAGUUUGAAAGUUGUUUUUUCAUUUAAUGGUAAUAUUACACAGAAGUGGUGAAUGGUUCCAAUUCAACAUGUUGAAUAAAACAAAUGUUGAGCUGUGGAUGAAAACAGUGUGUAAAGUUGAUAUUUCUGCAUUGUAGGCUGAGUUUUAAAGCUAUAACAUAAGAAAAGCUCCUAUCUCUGGGUUACUUUACACAUAAAAACUGUAUUCAUAAGUUACACUUAGCUCAGAUAACAUUUACUGAUCAUGGUUUGGCUUGAAUUCGUUGCCUGUCAAAGAAUUACAGAACUAACUCAAGAAUCAAUCAUGAGUUUUUUUGACUCUCACAUGAAUGCCAAGGCAAGAGGCAACCAAUGCUUUCAAUCCAAUGGCAAAAUCAAGAGUUUACACUGGGACCCCAGGCUGGUUGUAUGUUUGCAAACAGUCAAUCUGUCCAGUCGUUGUAUUUAUUGUUACUUUGCCAGUGGUUAAUUGUGUGGGAACUUCAUUGAUUUUGUUUAGAAGGAAAGACACCAGAAGGAAAAGUUCCUUUAUGGAAUUUUACUGGGACACAUUUCACACACAGCCACCGUCUGGAAGUCAUCAGUUUGCUCCGCACUUCAGCAGCCCGUUAAUGCAUGGUUACACGGCAUAUGUUUUGUUUUAUUUCCCACAGAAGAAUCACAGACUUUUUUUGUCCUUUCUCCUUCCUUCUUUAUCUUGCUUCUCCUGCAACUUUGAAAACUUAUGUCAGGCUUGUGAAACUUCCUGUUCCCCCGAUUAAAUCAUGUCAUCUGUUGUUGCUCAGUUGAGGCCCAAAUUGCAGAUUCAAUCCUUCAGAAUUUAAUAGAGUCUGAAUUAUAAUCCAUGACAAAUCAAGAGAUCUGGCAUGGACAAGGACUUCAUUGCAAACACAAGCUUUUCUCUUGCCCAAGACUUUGUUUACUGAUGACUCAGCUCUAUGUUCCCGUAACACACCAGGACAGAAAUUAACCCAAGAUCCAUCACUGCUGUAUCUUCCUUCCUCAUCCGCCCUCCUCAUCUUUUUUUCAUUAUUAUCUUUCAGAGCUGGGGUCCAACCCUCUGAAGAGCGCAGGCGUUGAAGCCGGAGCUUUUGCUGACCUGAAGAGGGUCUCUUACAUUCGUAUUGCAGACACUGGCAUCACAGAAAUCCCUAAAGGUAAACUUCUCAAACCAAUUUUGACAUAUAAACCUUGAUUUAAGGGAUUAGACCUAAUCCAAGUUUUGCCAAAAACCAAAAACAAUCAUCUCCUGACUGAAGAAUGCAUGCUUAUAAGUCUCAGUGUGAAAACACACAGAAACUGUUCAAUGCAGUAAUUCAGAAACAGACAAUUUCAGGGUGGACCAUGUCUAGCAAAAAUGAGACAUGUAAUAAGGAUCUUUUGGAUGUAAUAGAGCUUAAAUUUCAUGUUGCAAAUUACUAACUAUCCAUUUCUUUGUAAAAGUAGAUUCCUAAUUUCAGACAUUUAGGUAGAUUAUGUUGUUUUGUGGGUUUUCAGGUCUGCCCGGCUCUCUGUCUGAGCUCCACCUGGAUGGAAACAAGAUCACCAAAGUGACGGGUGGCAGCCUCCAAGGCCUGAAGAACCUGGCCAAGUAAUGAGAUUUAAUUAUGACGUUUUUAAAUGAUCACUCGGCAGCAAGUCCAUGUAACUGUUCUUUAACAGCAACCCCCCUUUGGGUGCUUCAAAUGGAAAUUACAGUGCAGUUGUGCAUUUAAUCCCCCUCAAUUUCUCUUAUAUAUAGUGUUCAUUUGUUGUUUUACUUGCUCUAUAACCAUUGAUAUGAUAAUCUGAUUGCUGCUUCAAACAUAAAAGAGACCUAAACUUUUAAACUCGCUGGAUAAUCAGAAAUAUUAGCCGAUUUUAGCAACAAUUAGCACUUAAAACACUCUAAAUAUUGAAUUUUCUUGCUGCUAGUGUGCUAGCAAAAUUAGUUAGCCUGUUUUUAUUUUUAUUUGUAAAUGAAUGUUAUUAAAAUCAGUUAAUUUAACUUGAGUCACCAUCCCUUGGUUAAUGAAUCAAGUACAACCCUUUUGUCGCUCAGGGAAUCAGGUUUUCAUUUGUAAGGUAAUAGGUGAUAUGUAGUAUUUUCAUCUGUUAUGUUACUAUAACAUAUAAAUGCCACUAAUACGUCCCAAAAUAACAGAGACCAACUUCUUCUAAUAGACAGGAAAAUGUCUUUAACUAAACCUUUAAAUUGGAUGAUAUAAGCUACAAUUAGCAGCUGAUACAGUCCGAAAAUUGUGUAGCAGAAAAAUCCCAUACUAAGCAAAAUUAAGUUACGAUUUUAACACUCCAAGUUAAGUUUUUUUUUUUUUUAUUGCUUAUAAAAUAAAUGUUUGUUGUUAGAGUGAGUUAUUUCAACUUAGUUUGUCAGUCACACAGCUGUAUUAAGUACGCAGACAUUAGCUCGUCAUUUCUGGCAGGAAGUCACCAUUAACUGUCAGUUUAUGGAUUUGGCUAAAUGUUUAUUUUACGGCUCAUUAAGUCAGGUUGUUUGUUGAAUAAUUUGUUAGUUAUGGUGUUGACGUAUUAUCUGAUUCCACUUAAUUAAGAAAAUUAAAUGCUGCUAACACUUACAACGUAGCGAAGACCUAAACCUUCAAAUGGUGAGAUAAUGUUGGUAAUCCAGCUCUCCAGCGUUUGCAACAUAACCAACAUUAGCUACAAGACGCAACAGUUUUAUACACCAAUUUUAUCACUAGUGCAGCAGAAAAAUCCCAGAAUACACCAAAUAAAGCAUAUAAACAUUUAUGAACUGUUAAAUGAAGUGAAGUGUGAACUAUUGAGAAAUAAAAGAAAGUACAAACAGGUCUAGAUUUGUUUGAUUUCUCCAGUUAUAUUUGUUCCGUUCUUUUCGAUGCUAUUAACAUGAUGUUUCUCCUCAUUUCCUAAUCAUUUUGAUGUGCUGAAAAGCAAGUAACACAAACAGAAAAUGUCUCACCGACAUCAUGUUUUUUCUUUGCAGGCUGGGUCUGAGCUACAAUGAGAUCAGCUCUGUAGAAAACGGCACACUGGCUAAUGUUCCCCACCUGCGAGAGCUGCACCUGGAUAACAACGCUCUGACUACUGUUCCUUCUGGCCUGUCUGAACACAAAUACAUCCAGGUACAUGCUGUUUUCAUCAAGAUCAGGGUUAUGUAAAAUCUUAUUGUUGUUCAUGCAGGUUUCUAUAUGGUAUCAAAAGGAGGGUGUUUUUGCAGCCUUCACUUCCAGCAGCUGAGCUCUUUUUAGGCAUGACAGUUCUUCUACUGUGCGCUCGCCUCUCAUUUGCUCUGAUCGAAGCCAUGCUGGGAGAGUUUACUUUCCCCAUUUUUGCAUUUGGUUUGUUUAGGUUCGCUCUGCUUGAUUACAGAUCGGCCAUGGGUACUAUAACAAAAGGCAUAUGGAUCCAUUUAGCUUGUUUACUGGCGAAAGCGUUGGUAGACUGUCGAACAGACUUCAGAAGUAAGUGGGAGUGUUAACAGGCUGUUGCAUCAAUCCCCUCCCUGUAAAACACUCUUUGAGGUAAUUUCCUGUAAUUCAGCAGGAUUAUAUUCUCUUCUAAUGAACCACAGCAUUGCCCACCUGCCAGCCAUCUUUUUGCAGUUACCUUGUUGGGAAAUCGCUGCCAACUAGCAGUUGAGCACAGUUUGUACUAGCGUGGGGUUCCUCCCAAAACAGACUGGAAGACUGCAGAGGGAGUAACUUGUAGCUAAAAACACAAUAGGACUCAACUUCAAUGUUGGGUAAUUUGAAUUUUAAAAUUAACACUUCUAAAUUUGGGAUCAUUUCGUGCACAAAGAAAAAAAUCCAAAUAUGAGACUAAAACAAUUAAGUUGUCACAAUCAUAGCAAUAAAAAGUGUUUUACUUCUCUAAAGGGUUCCAGUUUUGGAUUCAUGUAAGGAUUGAUAUACUUAAAAGGGAUGUAAUGGGCUGCAAAGUGUUUGCAUUAUUGUGAUCUAUUUUUAGCUCUUAAGUUUUUUUUAGCAAAUAAAAUGAACAAAACUUCUCUCCUUCAAGAACAGUUCAAUGCUCUGGAAUCUGUAAUUAGCAUCAUAUAAACUUUCCCAGUGAGUUUUGGGCACUUUUUUCUUCUUCCUGGACUCCUUUUCUCUCCUAAGCUGCAUUUCAAGGACUCUCCUGUGCAAAACUCUCUAUUAUUUUUGUGAUUUUUUUUUUAUUGCAGAUUUAAAGCUAUACUUGUUCUUAACCUCUUAUUUUGAAGUAUGAUCAUGCAGGAACAUCCUGAAGACAAAACAAAGUUUUGGGCGCUCUUGAGCUGUCAUUAUUCAUUUCAUGACUUAUUAUUAUCUCCUCGAUCUGCUAUACUGUAUUGCCUUGCACAUCCCACUCAGUGACCCAAGCUUGUCAUUAUUUAAAUCCCCUCUCUAGGUGGUCUACCUCCACGCCAACAAGAUCUCCUCUGUGGGAACAGGCGACUUCUGUCCUCCUAACCUUAACAGCAAGAAGGCCAUGUACUCCGGCAUCAGCCUGUUCAGCAACCCCGUGCCUUACUGGGAAAUCCAGCCCGUCACCUUCCGCUGCGUCUUUGACCGCUCUGCCAUCCAGCUCGGCAACUACAGGAAGAAGUAGAAGAAGAAGUAGAAGAAGAAGAAGAAAAAUGAGCGUCCUGUGCGCAUCAGCGAGGAAGUGUGUGAUUGUAAAUGAGUGUGUGAAAGUUUUGUAAGUGUGUGUGUUUGACCGCAGCCCCCCCAAACACUGACCCCGACCAACACUGCCUCCCUACAAACAGCAACAUCAUUCAUCCACAUAUCACAAAGAUAGUGGACAUGGACCUCAAACGCCACAUAUCAUACUCAUAACUUAGCUUUAAGGUCGGUGCAACAAUAUUAGCAAACACCAGCGUACUACAUUGAUGCUCUCACAGCACAUCAUUCAGAAAAGCAGUGACGUAUUUGUAUUGCAAACAUGUUCUUGCAUAUAUACUGGAAAUAGAAAAUUAAAAUUCAGAGGUGACUCCCCUCCCCUAAAAACGACAUCCUCAAUCAAGCUCCAUUUUAAGUAUUCCAAAUUCAAGUCUGAUCAACUUUCCAUUGUGUGAAUUUUAAGAGAGCUGGCCUGUAGAGCAGGCAGCAAGGAGGUGAACUUGUGUUUUACAAUACCUUUAACAACCGGUAUACUAGAAUGUACUAGAUAUUACCUGUGUACUAGGAUUAGCAUUUAGAGUGUAACAAUGCCACGCUGCACUCCCUGAGAGAACUCUGAGUUUCUAUUUGUAUUGUACUCAAUCCAAGUAGAGAUAAAGCAACAGUGACUUCUAUCACAGUGUGAUUUCUUGUGCUUUACUUGUUUAGUGUUCAUUUAGUUCUGGGUGUUUUUCUUCACCACAUUUUCAUCCCUUUGGUCCUCUCCCAAUGUAUGUUGUUCAAUUAAAAAAACAAGGUGAAAAUAGCUUCUAAAAAUGUAGAAUAAACCAUAUAUGUUUUAAACAUAAGCCAUUCCCAAAGAUUUAUAUGCAUGCUUUUUUAUUUUUGCUUUGACUUGAAUCUGGUGCUUUCUGGAAACUCUUGUUAAUGCCUGUAUGUAUUUCUCUCUCUCUCUCUCUCUCUCUGUUUCCCUGCCUUUUUUCCACUAUUAAGAGUCAAGAAAAUUGAAGGCUGUAUGUGGACUGGCAUGCCCACUGCAACCAUGUUGGUGUGAAUGUUGUAUGUAUAGACGCUGUACAUAAAUGCUGUAUAAAAAAAACUCUCAUUGCUUAAAGGCACAAGCACUUACCAUAGCUCAGACUUAAUAUAUCAGCAACAAAGGUGUUCCUCUUUUUUUCGGAGCAGGGGCUCCAGCUAAGGUGUCCUAACAAAAUAAAAAUACUAAUGGAAAAAGUAGCUGUUUUUGGAUGAAAUGAAUAAAACUUGCAUUAUUAUCAUUACCAUGCAUGGAGGUGUGUCCUCCUGGUCACUAGGUGGUGCUGUGGUAACUACAGCACAGAUACAAAGACAGCAGAAACUUCCUGACGAACAGGGUCAAGAGGAGGCUCAGGUAACAGGUACUGAGUAACAGAUGAGACCAUUUUUACCAUGUAUAUACACAACAAUCAAAAACUGAAUAAAAAAUGCUUGUAUACUUUUUAAAAAGCUUUGAA